CCAGGUGCGAGCCCACCUCUGCGUGCCUUCGACCCAGUGGUCUCAUCGUUCUUGGAGAUCGCCGUUGGAAAAACUGCCGUUGGGAUUUGACUCCCUCUAUUUUUCUCGAAUUGAUUACCAAGACAGAGCUAAGAGUCUCAAAGAGAAAACUCUUGAUGUUGUAUGGCAGGGAUCUAGGUCCCUUGGUUCUUCUUCACAGAUUUUCACUGGCAUAUCGCCCCGGCAUUAUGAUCCUCUUGAUGGUUUCACGUUUGAAAUAAAUGAUGUUUCACCACCUAUUCAGGAUGAUACUCUUAUGUUUGACUAUAAUGUUCAAGAGCGAGUGAAUGACGUUGUUGCUGCUGCUUUAGCUCAGGCUAACGUGACAAGAACCAAUCACAUUAUGUGGAUGAUGGGGAUAGAUUUUCGUUAUCCAUAUGCAAUUUCAUGGUUCAGGCAGAUGGACAAGUUUAUUCACUAUGUAAAUCAGGAUGGGCGUGUGAAUGCACUGUAUUCAACACCAUCUCUUUACACUGAUGCGAAACAUGCAACUGAUGAGAAAUGGCCUCUUAAAACUGAUGACUUUUUCCCGUAUGCAGAUCAUCCAAAUGCUUAUUGGACCGGGUACUUUACAAGUCGUCCAGGACUUAAAGGUUACGUUAGAGCUUUGAGUGGUUACUAUCUGACAGCUAGGCAGUUGGAGUUUUUUAAAGGAAGGGUUGACUCAGGGCCAAACACUGAGGUACUUGCUGAUGCUUUGGCAAUUGCUCAACAUCAUGAUGCAGUUAGUGGUACAGAAAGACAUCACGUUGCUGUUGAUUAUGCUUUGCGACUUUCUUUGGGCUACAAGGAGGCUGAGAAGGUGGUUACCUUUUCUUUAGCAUACUUGACACAACCAGAUUCAAUGUACAUCAAUUCAGUUUUAUGUUUUGGCUUUUCUUGGCAGUGUCCUGUUCUUAACAUAAGUUAUUUUCCUCCAUCAAAAGCUGUCCUGUCUGAUGGGAAAAGUUUGGUCGUUGUCAUCUACAAUUCCCUAGGGUGGAAGAGAGAAGAAGUAAUACGAAUUCCUGUUUCCAUUGACAGAAUUAGUGUUCAGGAUUCUAGUGGGAAGAAAGUUGAAGCCCGACUUCUUCCUAUAUUGAAUGUCACUUUUAGUGUUAGAAAUUAUUAUGUGAGAGCAUAUUUGGGUGAAUCUCCGAGAGAAACAAUUAAAUAUUGGCUUGCAUUUACAGUGUCAGUACCGCCAAUUGGUUUCAGCACUUACAUAAUUUCUACCACUAAACAAACAGGCUCUAGUGUAGCCAUUUCUUCUGUGUACAGGUCAGAAGAAAGUAUAGACAACACUAUAGAAGUUGGACAAGGAAGUUUGAAGCUAAUUCAUUCAGCUCGUGAUGGAAAGCUUUCACACUAUGCUAACAACAGAAAUUUGAUUACAGCAUCUGCAGAACAGUCAUACAGUUAUUAUAGUGGAAACGAUGGAACUGAUAAAGAUCCACAGGCUUCUGGAGCAUAUGUCUUUCGUCCAAAUGGCACAUUUCCAAUCAAAUCCGAUAGCUAG